AAACAGCAUCAGCUCUGCUGGUAGAUACAGGCGGCUUUUUCUUAAACGCAGCGGUGAAAUAAGCUUCCAGUGCCAGCAGACCGGGGGUUUACACAUUGAGACUAGAAUGAAAAUCUAUGGAUAAGCCUUCCCGCAAAUUGACAAUUAAAACAUCGGCGAAUUACUUUUCCUGAUCUACAUACUUCCGUUUUUAUUAAUUUACCAGAUUACAUGGAACUGUAUGGGAAGAUGGCGUCUACACAAGACUCCCGAUAUGUUCAAAAGGACACAGCUGACCAGAACUUUGACUACAUGUUCAAACUGCUGAUCAUUGGCAACAGCAGUGUUGGGAAAACUUCAUUUCUCUUUCGCUAUGCUGAUGAUUCUUUUACGUCUGCCUUUGUAAGCACUGUAGGUAUUGACUUCAAGGUAAAGACGGUCUUCAGGAAUGAAAAAAGGAUUAAGUUGCAAAUUUGGGACACAGCAGGACAGGAACGCUACAGGACCAUCACCACAGCCUACUAUCGUGGUGCAAUGGGCUUUAUCCUAAUGUACGACAUCACAAAUGAAGAGUCUUUCAAUGCAGUACAGGACUGGUCAACCCAAAUCAAGACAUAUUCCUGGGACAAUGCACAGGUUAUACUGGUUGGCAAUAAAUGUGACAUGGAAGAUGAAAGAAUAGUGUCAAUGGAGCGAGGAAAGCAGCUGGCAGACCAACUUGGCUUUGAAUUUUUUGAAACCAGUGCCAAGGAUAACAUCAACGUCAAGCAGACAUUUGAGCGUCUUGUUGACAUCAUCUGUGAGAAGAUGCUGGAGAGCUUGGAGACAGAUCCUACUGUUACUGCAGGAAAACAAAACACAAAACUCACAGAGAACCCUCCCCCACAGCAACAGAACUGCGGUUGUUAGUGACUUGUCCAUAGAUAUAUGGAGGCAAUCAAAUUGUGUCUAUAUCGCAAAAAAUAGUCCUUAGUUAUUAGUACAUGAAAAUGUAACUGUUGGCCUCUAUAUGAUAUUAAACAAACCAAUCUAUAUUUAUUUUUUGCUAGUCUGUGCUCAGUACUGUUUCCCAAGAUCUCUUGCAUUAAUACUGCCACUUAGUCAACCUUUAAUUAUAUUGGUAAUUGUUUCUGCAUUUUACUGUAGAUUCAAGAUUUGUGUGACUGUUACAGGAACAGUGGGUUUCUAGGAACAGAAGAUUCCUAGGCUUAGUAUACUACAUCCAUAAAAAAGGAGCUCCCUGUUUACUAGAUUUAUGUGGCCUUUCAAGUAUUCUCUGGAUGAUAAAUUGAAGAUAAAAAGCCUAUCCUCAGUCUGCACAAAAUUGAAUUCAGCAAUGGAAGUGAAUGCAUUUAAAUUACUGAGUUAACAGUUGGAUGGCUUGAAUAUGUAUGCCUUGUCUAGUAGUUAAGUAUUCAUGUGCCAUUUAAGGCAGCAAUUCCAAUUAACAAGAGUUCUGUGAUGAGUAAUGUGUAUUUGUAAAUAUGUUUUCAGCACAGAAGUCAGCAAUCUCAGAUCUCACAUCACUUGACAUACUGUAGGUCAAUGAUGGUGUGAAUAAUCAGUUGACGCGUGCCAACAAAAGUAAAUGCCACUUCAGUUGUAGAGUGAUGCCCUGCUCUGAUACUCAAGAAGAAAAUCCACUUCUCAUCACUUGACUUUCAGGAAGGUGGAACCAUAAUUCCACUUGUUCACACUAACUGUUAAAUUACCGGGACAACUUGCAUAUUAAAAUUGAUUUCUUCAUAAAUUACUGGAGAGCAGAGCCUAGCCCUCUGUCGUUAAAUGUUACCUAUCAUAGAGCGUCUCUAAUUUCCCUGUCCUGCGAGAUACCGUGAAAAUUGUCAGCAGUUUUUAUUUAAUCUUUGUGUGUGUCAUUUAUUGCCCUUGGAAAACGUAGUGGAAAUAAUUCUUCAAUGACCACUCAUACUAAUUAUGUGCAAUACUAUCAGCCAUCGUUGGUUCAGGAGGGCAGGUUGAUCCCAGAGCAUGUGUCAACAUCAGAAAUGUUAGGAAAGCUGAUAAAAACUGUAUAAUGUUAAAUUAAUUUGAAACUCAUGAAAUUACAUAGAACAUAGGACAUAGAAUAGUACAGCACAGUACAGGCCCUUCGGCCCACUAUGUUGUGCCGACCCUCAAACCCUGCCUCCCAUAUAAGCCCCCACCUUAGAUUCCUCCAUAUACCUGUCUAGUAGUCUCUUAAACUUCACAAGUGUAUCUGCCUCCACCACUGACUCAGGCAGUGCAUUCCACGCACCAACCACUCUCUGAGUAAAAAACCUUCCUCUAAUAUCCCCCUUGAACUUCCCACCCCUUACCUUAAAGCCAUGUCCUCUUGUAUUGAGCGGUGGUGCCCUGGGGAAGAGGCGCUGGCUAUCCACUCUAUCUAUUCCUCUUUUAUCUUGUACACCUCUAUCAUGUCUCCUCUCAUCCUCCUUCUCUCCAAAGAGUAAACCCCUAGCUCCCUUAAUCUCUGAUCAUAAUGCAUGCUUUCUAAACCAGGCAGCAUCCUGGUAAAUCUCCUCUGUACCCUUUCCAAUGCUUCCACAUCCUUCCUAUAGUGAGGUGACCAGAACUGGACACAGUACUCCGAGUGUGGCCUAACCAGAGUUUUAUAGAGCUGCAUCCUUACAUCGCGACUCUUAAACUCUAUCCCUCGACUUAUGAAAACUAACACCCCAUAAGCUUUCUUAACUACCCUAUCCAUCUGUGAGGUAACUUUCAGGGAUCUGUGGACAUGUACCCCGAGAUCCCUCUGCUCCUCCACACUACCAAGUAUCCUGCCAUUUACUUUGUACUCUGCCUUGGAGUUUGUCCUUCCAAAGUGUACCACCUCACACUUCCGCGGGUUGAACUCCAUCUGCCACUUCUCAGCCCACUUCUGCAUCCUAUCAAUGUCCCUCUGCAAUCUUUGACAAUCCUCUACACUAUCUACAACACCACCAACAUUUGUGUCGUCUGCAAACUUGCCAACCCACCCUUCUACCCCCACAUCCAGGUCGUUAAUAAAAAUCACGAAAAGUAGAGGUCCCAGAACAGAUCCUUGUGGGACACCACUAGUCACAAUCCUCCAAUCUGAAUGUACUCCCUCCACCACCACCCUCUGCCUUCUGCAGGCAAGCCAAUUCUGAAUCCAAAUUACUCUUUAUUAGUUAAAAACAUGAAUGCAAAUUGAAGUAAAUAAUAAAGAGAGAAAAAACCUAAACUUACUUCUUAAUUAUAAGACCAACACCCCCGUUGGAAUGACUGUGGAAGUGGAAGCUGUACCAAAUGUGGCUGGCAUAAAGCUGAGGGACCAGAUACACAGUGUAUCAAAUAGCCCUGUUCAACAACUUACAGGGCAUUGUAGAAAUCAGAACUGAAUAUGUCGGUCAUAUGCUCAUGUAUCUGACCCCCAGUGCAUUUCCAACGUCCAUGCAGGUACACCUGUCUAGAAUGUAUCACUGCAUUAAUAAAAGGUAGUCACUGGCUCUCCACAGACCCACUGGCACUCCUGCCCAUUUUUAUCCUUACUCGCUCCCUAAUUCUGCACCGGGAAGCUGCAUUGUAAUCUUAGCAUUUCUGAUCGUACUUUCUAAUCUAGGGCAAUCUGUUGAACCCUCAGUUAUAAUUGUGAUACACUGGCAUUGAGAGAAGAUUGAAUGUAAAGCACCAUAAAAUUUCAAGUCCCUCGCAAUCGUAAAAAUUAUUUCCACUGAGAACUUGCAUAGUCUUUCAUUAGAUUUGGAUGCUCAUCUGACAAUUUCAAAGUCACUCAGAAACUCAGAGGAGUGUUCUGCCAGAUUUUAAACUACAGAAGUAAAGCAAAUCAAAAUGGUAAGUAUUUUGUGCAAAUAAAUAAUGUAUUGUGAAUGUGUAAUAUUAAAUGUAGUUAGAGUUACCUUUCUGAUGUCUGAAUUUUUUACCUGAAUGGAGCAAAUGUAAAAUGAUGCAUCGGUGCUGAAGUAAUUUGCGUUUUAUACUUUUGUGUAGCCUCUGUAUUGAGGGACAAUAGGCCACUAAGUGCAAUAUUUCAGAAUAUAUAGUGCAUUUCUAAUUCAAUGCAGAUAACUGCGCAAGAUUGUAUGCAACAGGGCUUGAAGUAAACACAUGUUCAGAACAACUUUUGUUUUUUACUUGCCUAGUCAGUUUUCUAGCUAUUUGCAAACUACUGUUGGUCAGGAAACACUGGGCAUAAAUUUUUGCCUACUUUUCUAAAACAUUGUUCUAAUUUUUUUUUCUAUAGACUGUAAGAUGAAUUUAGGCUGGUUCCACAGUUCUGGUAAAUAAGAACUGAAGAACUUGAAAAUCUUGCAAUAUCCUUUCUUGAUGUCUGUAGUGGUAGGUUACAAUGAACUUGCUUCAAAUAGAAUAGUUGGCUAAAUAUUUACUUAGUAGUAGUACUUUCCACAUACUGUAUGUAGUUAAAUCCAUUCAACGAACCUUAGAGAAUUAACCUACAGAAAUGUUUGGUCUUACCUAUUGUUAUGUGUGAAUGCCUCUCAAAUAACUCUAGAUUUACCUCCACUACGCACCUCAUACAUUGAAUAUUUUCAAACAGUUAGAACCUGCAUUCAAACAUCAUACAGCCUUGAAGUAGUGCUUUGAAUAUUUUAUAUUCUCUUUGAAGCUUGUACAAGAUUCUCUGCAUGCACUUUCUUUCAGGAUUGAAGUGUUUUUCUUCAUAAGAGUCACAACACUGGGAUUUUAUUUCAUAACUGUUCAGUACCUCCAGAAAUUGAAUAUUUUGCUUAAAAUCGAUGCCAGUUCAAGCCCUGGUAGUAAUACAUUAGAGCCAAUAUCUGCUAGCAUGGUGUGUGAUUUGCGAAUUCUCAGAGACAUUUGUGGGUCUUAUGUAAUUGUACGUGGGCAUAAUGUAAAUCAGUUUUUAAAAUGGUAUUUGUACUGAAGUUACUGAAUUUCUGUGACACUCUCAGAAACCACUUUUUGCUGGAAUGACUGGGAAAUUUUAUCUGUGUAUAAAUGUAAAACUCUUCACUUGACUAUUGCAUGUAUGUUUGAUUGUGUGAGAAUGGUCUCAUUGAUAAAACUUUUAAGCAUUGUUUCUUAAUUAUGUUCUUGACUAACAAUAAGGAAUGAGUAUGUUGUACAGUGGUAAUUCACUUUUUUAUUUUCCAGGACUAGGUAAAUAAUAGAAUUCAUUGCUGGGACCUGAGAUGAAAUCUAGCCAAUAUUAAUGAGUUACUAAUGAUAUUCUUACUUCCUGACUUUAAGCAUCCAUAUGAAGUAAGUUCUGGCCACAUUAACCUAGUUUCUAAUGGGUGGACAGUUCAAUUCUAACACUAAUUGGCAACCUCAAAUUGAAAGGUCAACAAAUACAAUCAACAAAAUGUGGUGAAUUUUCUGAGGAUGAAAUUCAGCCACAUUACUAUCUGAUAUGCGAUAAUGCUGACACUAUACGUUGGGUACCCAAUAAAAAAAAAUCUUCUUUUAUGCAAACAGUUCACCUUGUUUUACAUAAAAUUGUUUAUGUUUAUUUGGACUGUUGAAUAGGAAGUCUGCACCAUAUGUAUGAACUGAUUCUGCAGUUGAAAUAUGGUGCACGUCAUGAUCAAGACGUAAUGGGAAUUGUCCACUUGAAUAUAGUUUACAAAAUAAAGGUUCACAGAUGGAAAAAACAAAUGGUUGAAGAACUCACUGGUUUGAGCAACAUCCACAGAGGCAAAGUGAUGGUCCAUGUUUUGGGGGGAGACACUACAUCCUGAGAUAUAGACCAUGCCUUUGUCUCAACAGAUGCUGCUUAACCUGCUGAGUUCUUCCACCAAUGCACACAAAACGUUGGAGGAGCUCAGCAAAUCAGGCAUCACUAUGAAGGGGAAUAAACAGUUAAUGAAUUGGGCCUGACCUGAAACGUCGACUGUUUGUUACCCACCAUUGUUGUUGCUCAGAUCUCCAGCAUCUGCAGAACCUCGAGUUCUUCCAGCAGUUUGUUUUGUGCUCCAGGUUCUGGUAUUUGAAGUCUUUCGUGUCUCCAUCAAAGGUUAACAGAUAUUGUGCAGACUGAAGAUAAAAGGCUACUAUUUACUGAGGCCUUUCUGAUAGACAAACUUGAAAUGAAAUACAACUGACUUAUUUCUGUAUAAUUGACAAAAUCUACUUCUGCCUUUCUUCAAAGUAUUGUUUUAAGCUUGCAGUUGUUAUUAGAAAUGUGGUUACCAUGAUUACCAUUAAAUAAAACUCUGACUCUCUUACCCCUGCAACACCUGUUUGACCAGAAUAAUACUGCCUGUGAAAGCUUAGUGAGAUGGUGCCAUAUAGACCUACUGAAAACAGCUAUUUGGUCAAUGUUGUAUUCCUUUAUAUAAACAUAAACAAUAAAAUUACCUUGUUACCUAAAUCUCUAAGUUAUGUAUGUGCACAAUAUAUUUUACCUCUCUCGUUGGAAUUUAAACUGUACAGUAGACCAGCUAUUUUGUGUUGUCUGUGAAAUAUGUAAAUUAAUGUGCGUGUGUGAAAGGAAAAUAAACUUGCGGAGACUA